CACAGUAGGCUCUGUGCUGCAUGGACGAGUGGGCUGUCAAACAAGUGACGCUAUCGUAUGUAUUUCUAUAUAACGUUAGAAAUUGAAAUGUAGUGUUGAGAAGGGGGGCUCUGCCCUCUCCCUGAGUCCCACUUUAGUCUCACCUUGGUGCGACUCUGACAGGGUAAGGAGGGGAGGGGCUGGGCCAUUAAGACCCUUUUAGUGGCUUCAGCCGUCCCCCCAAACCUCACAGUGGACCGUUGUCCCUCCGGAAGAGUCCACCACACCCAGGCUUGCUUCAGGGUCACCAUUUAUAGGUUGGCACUCUGUUUUAACGGCACUCCUGAUCGCACCACCGAGACUGGAGGUUGUGCCGCAGGGAUUUGGUUUCUAUUAUUUAGUCAUUCAUUUCAGGAUCAAGCCGUUUUCCUUUUUCUAUCCUUUUUGGGUUUGUGUUUAUAUUUUUGCAAACUUGGCAAUAGUGGAAAAUAAUAUUUUUGCUCUAUCUUUUAAUCUGACCUUUCGAUUUUCAAGUUUUUACUUGCAACAAGUGGCUGUACCAUGAAGCACGUGAGACCCCUUUCUCCAUGUGUGGCCCUGAUUCUUUUUGCUUCACUGGUUGGAGCCAAGUUCUACAGUCCACCCCAGUAUAACCAUUACCAGGCAGGGCACGCUCAGCAUCAUGACCCUGGGAAACCCACCAGCAGACACAAGAACCACUGUGCCUACGUGGUUGAGAAGACCGUUUCCUUCACCAUGCAAGAGGGGGCGGCCCCGUACGUCAAGGCUGAGUACAACAACUGUUCCUGGGGGAAGAGAUGUCCUGCUCUCCUGUAUCGUCUGAUGUACAAACCCGUCUUCAAAGUGGCUCAUAAGACGGUGACGGAGCUGGAGUGGCGCUGCUGCCCCGGCUUCUCCGGCUACGGCUGCAUGGAGUCGGCUCAUCACCACCCGGUCCGCAUGAUGCCCCCCUUCAGCGGCCCGUCGUACAAGGGCCAAACGUUUAAGGGACCUCAGCUCAAGGGCCCUCCGCACAAAGGCCCCGUAUUCGAGGGCCCCCCCAUGAAGGCCAACCCAUGGGGUCAGCUGAACGGGCCCCCUCCUGGCGGGUACCCCAUGCGUCACUUUGACUCUCCGAUGGCCCCCUCUUACCCCGAGACAUCCUUUGAAGAAUACCCCUCGGGACCCGGGGCCAUGCCGGACCACCAGGGCCCUCAUCAAGGCCAGCAUGAGACAGAGCCAGAGCACGAGACGCAGCCGGAAACAGAACCCGGACAUGGACCCCAACACGGGCAUGGACUCGGACAUGAGGACCAGCACGGCCAUGCACCGGCACAACAUGUGUCCGUUCAAACUGCUCCUACUGAUGAAGGCCAAGAGGUUGAAGGCCAAGGACUGAACGGCGAGGCGGGUGAGCGUCUGGACCAGAUGGAGGACGACCUCCGGCGUCUGAGCCAGGGUCUGGAGACGCUGAGGGGGACCGUGAACGGGCUGGAGGGCGGUCUGCGCGCCUCCCUGAGGGAAGACGCCAACAGGAUGCUCUCCGCCCUGCUCUCGGCCGGCCCCGGCCCCGUGUCGGCCCCGGCGCUCGCCGUGGGGUUCGGGGACAUCCCCGGCGGAGACCCCGCGCUGGACGGGCUGGACGGCAGGCUCGUGUUCCCCGUCGCCGGGGACCUGAACGGGAAGAUGGAGGAGCUGAGGGCCGACCUCCGGGCCAGAACAGCCGAGCUUCUGGAGCUGAGGACCACGGUGCUGAGUCACGACGGGGCCCUGAAGACGCUGUCGGGGGGGCGGUCCGGCUCUGUCGGCGGCCUCGUAGGAGACGGCCGGAAGGCUGCGGAAACCCUGGUGGAUGUCAAGCUGAGCUCGGCCCGAGCUGAGAUCCUGGACGGCUUGGAGGGGCGGGCGACGGGCGCAGAGGGCCGCUGCGAGGAGAAGGCCGGCGAGGUGAGGCGCCAGUGCCAGCGGGAGCACGGGGAGCAGCAGGAGCGGAUGCAGCAGGGCCUGGAGGACAGGGCCGGCACUUUGAAGAGAGAGAUGGUCCACCUGCAGACUCAGGUCCACGGACUGGAGGCGGCGGAGAGCUGCUGUGGCGGGAUGCCCGGGCUGGUGGACAGGAUGCAGCAGCUGGAGACGUCAGUGGCGGGACUCAACCGGUCCCAGGGCCACCUGAGGGUGGAGCUGGGGGGCCACAGGGACCACAUCGAGGGCAUGCUGGAGGGGAGGCUGGGGUACGUGGAGUCCAAGCUCAAUCUGACGGGUACGGCCACACCUGGGCAGCUGGCAGGGCGGGCCGGUGACGCGCUCGGCAGUGACGUAGAGCAGAGGCUGGAGGCUAAGAUGGCGGGGCAGCUGAAGGCUCUGGAGGGCCGGCUGCUGAACGCCGUAGAGGAGCUGGGCAACGCCACGGCCCCCGCCCUGCUGGAGGGCCACUCCGUGCCCACCCUGGAGACGGAGCUGGAGUCCCUCCGGCGGAGGCUGGAGACGGACGUGGACCGCGUCCAGAAGCACCUGAGCAGCCUGGAGGUUCGCUGCGGCUCGUCCUGCGCCUCGUCCCCCAGCUCCUCCGCCAUCCAAGGAGACGCGGCCACGACCACCGCCGCAGACCCGCGCCAGGAGGAGGUCUUGAAAGGGGUGUUGGACCUCCAGGCGGACCGCCUCGACAGCCUCAACGCCACGCUGGACGGCCUCCAGAGGCAGCUGGCCCUCAGGGAGCGGCAGCAGGAGGCGGCGGCGGCGGGCUCCUCCGUUCAGGGCGAGCUCACCUUCCUCAAGUUCAACAUCCGCUCGGUGAACCGCACGCUGUCCGUCCUGCGGGGCUCGGUGGGGGCGGUGGAGCACCAGGUGGAGCGCGCCAACAGCACCUGGCACCAGCGGGAGGAGCGGCUGGCCGGGCAGAUGAAGGGCGUGGUGCAGCUGGUGGGGCGGCAGGCCUCCAUGCUGGGGUCCGGCGAGCGCCGGCUCAGCCGGCUGAAGGGGGAGCUGACGGAGAUGAGGCGGAGGCUGGCGGGGGAGCUGCAGGGCUGCCGCAGCACCGCCCUGGGGGUGAGGAAGGAGGUGACGCAGGUGGAGGGCCGCAUGGCCAGCGUGGAGGACCGGUGCAAGGGGCUGAGCCACGUGGCGGAGGACCUGGAGCGGAUCCGGGAGGAGCUGGAGAGCCAGGCCGAGGGGCUGUUCACCCAGCUCAACGGCACCCUCUACAGCCACGCCCAGCAGCUGACCGACCUCCGGGGGGAGGUGAGGAACUGCAGCGCCAAGGCGGAGACCACGCCACCGACGACCGCCGCCCCGGGUCAGACGAGGGGAGACGCGUUCACCUUGAUUUAGACGGAGAGCUUCACGGCCACACAUUCACGAGUCCAAAAGAGAAAUAACCGAAAGGGUUGCAGGAUGUGGAUAGGCGUUUUAUUUGAUGCUCUGUACUGUACAUACGGGUGAAGAACCAGCACUGAGACACACAAUGGUUCGAUUUGUCUUAUUCCUUGAAUAUUAAUAUCCGUAUGAUAUAUACAAUGUUAUUAUGCUGUAAACUGUAUUUGUUGUUUCAUUUCCACAACACUACCAUUUGUCUAAGAUGCUGCUAUGAUGUGCCUCAUUUCAGGAGCCUUGGUGGCUUGGAGAAUUACCAUUGACUAUGACGAUGCAUUUUGGGGAAUAUUGAGAUGAUUGUUUUUUUGACUGGGUUUUGUGAGACAAAUUUUUUACAUGUAUGUAUUUUGUAUUUUUUAAGUGUGUAGAAUUUGUCUAGAAUAGAGGUGUCCACGUUUUUUUUAUACUGUAUCAUUUCUUGUAUAGGGCCUGCCCUGUCUACUUGCAUCUGUCAUUUUGUUGAAGCAAAAUAAACAAAAAUAGAAUUAAAGAAGAAUCUUAAUACUCGCAAUCGAAUAAAUCGAAUAACCUACUGGUUUCUAAAUAAACACAAAUAUCAG